CAGUGGUCAUUAUGUAACCGGUGCCCUCGGAAUGCCUUGCACAUCUGUAAUACAGAGGUUUUGUUCAGGCGAUCUGCUGACGUUUCCAUGUAGUCUAGUUCAGUUCAGUGGUACAGUUUAUGCUGAAUAACUCCUGCCUUCUCUUCAAACUGACUCCCCUUAGUGCUGGUUGGUGAAGAUGCAUCACAUCAUCUUGACAGCUUUGCUGCUGUCAGUCACUCUGUCUGUGAGCUCUGGAGGUAAAGUGCUGGUGUUCCCGUUAGAUGGCAGCCACUGGGUGAACAUGAAGGUCCUCGUUGAGGAGCUGCACUCCCGAGGCCACAGCAUUACUCUAGUGAGAGCCUCAGACAGCUGGUACAUUAAAGAGGAGUCUCCCCAUUACAGUACCAUCACCAUCCCGAAUGCUGGAACCUUUGUUCAGGAGUUCUUUGGCACCUUUGGCAAAAGAAUGCUGAAUAUACGGAAAGAGAAAAAGUUCUCCUGGACUCACUUGAUGCUUCAGUUUGAAGUAAUUAACAUGAUCUCAGAGAUGAAUCGGCAAAUGUGUGAGAUGAUGGCAAUGAUGUUUCAAGACAAGGUACUCAUGAAAUCGCUCACAGAUGCCAAGUUUGACGUUGUCCUAACAGAUCCAGCAGUUGGUGGUGGAGUGCUCUUAGCUCGACGUCUCAAUCUUCCAUUAGUGUUAAACGUGAGGUGGACUGUCCAUGGAGAGGCCCACUAUGCCAUCGCUCCCUCCCCUCUCUCCUAUGUCCCCUACCCAGGAGCUGAGCUGACAGACAAGAUGACCUUCUCUCAGAGGGUUCAGAACAUGCUGACAUAUGCCUUUGGUUUUUUUCAGUGGCAAAUGGUUGUUGCUCCCCACUACACAGCUUUCUGCAAAUGUUUCUUUGGCCCUGAUGUUGACUACUUCUCCUUGUUCCAGGAUGCUGAUAUCUGGCUCAUGAGGAAUGACUUCACCUUUGAGUUUCCACGCCCAACCAUGCCUAAUGUGGUCUAUAUGAGUGGGUUCCAAUGCAAGCCUGCUAGACCACUUCCUGUUGACCUGGAAGAGUUUGUCCAAAGUUCAGGGGAGCAUGGGGUCAUCAUCAUGUCCCUGGGAACUGUGUUUGCAGAGCUCCCUAGUCACAUCACUGAGGAGAUUGCGGCGGCUUUUGCUCAGCUUCCCCAAAAGGUAAUCUGGAGACAUACAGGGGCCAAGCCAUCGACUCUUGGCAACAACACCUUGCUGGUGAACUGGAUGCCCCAAAAUGACCUGCUAGGUCACCCAAAGACUAAAGUGUUUGUAGCCCAUGGGGGCACCAAUGGUGUCCAAGAGGCAAUCUACCAUGGCAUCCCGAUAGUUGGUCUACCCAUAGUGUUCGAUCAGCCUGAUAAUCUGUCCAGAAUGGUGGCAAGAGGAACCGCUAAGGUAUUGGACAUUGCCACUCUGGACAGAGCAGUCUUUGUGGAGACGUUAAGGGCAGUGCUGUAUGAGCCAUCCUACAGGGAGAACAUGCAGAGGCUCUCCAGGAUCCACCAUGACCAGCCCAUGAAACCUCUGGACCGCGCCAUUUUCUGGAUAGAGUUCGUCAUGAGGAAUGGAGGCGCCCCUCACCUGCGCACACAGUCCUUCAGGAUGUCCUGGGUGGCCUAUCAUUCUAUAGACGUCAUACUGACUCUGCUGAUGGCUUUGCUGCUCUCAGUGAUAAUUAUAUUCCUGGCUAUAAAAAAAUGCUUUUCAGUUUUAUUCAAAAAGAAAGUCAAAUCUGAUUAAUAUUAUUGUCUUUUACAUCGAGAAGUUAGAUGUCAAAGUUAUUCAAAAAUGUUUGAAGUUAUUCAGAAGUUCAGUUUUUUUCUGGCCAUAAUGUCACAAUAGUAAUUAUGGAGUAAAUACUUUUCAUCUUAACCUACAAAAUGGUAACAAUGAAUAUUGUCUGCAUUUGGUUUCUUCUGUAAAGCACUGGGAUUGAUUAUUCCCUCCGACAGUAGGAAUCUACUAAACCACAUCUAUUUGAUAAGAAGAGAUCUAACUGGGAACGUGAAAAUACUAGUUUCGAUGUAAACUUUUCAAUUAUGCUGGACUCUCUGUGUUGGGGAAAUGUAAUUUUAGACCGCGCUACUCAGUGUCCAAUCCACAAGGUUAAACAGAGGUUGAACUUUCUCACUUUCUCCUUUUAAUAUCAGAAUGUUGGGCUUCUUGAACAAGCACCGUUCGUCAAAUGAAUUACUUGUGUAAAAAUGUCAACUCUCACUCAUAUCCUUAUUGUUUACAGUGUUAGGUUUCCUCUAUUAAAUCCACAGAAAUGUUAGGAGACUGGUAAAUAUUAAGACAUUCUAUAAAUUGGGAAGCUGGAUGUUUCAGUGAACAUAUAUUGUUAAUAUUGACUAUUUCUUAUUUGAUGUGCAGAUUUGAGUCAUUCUACUCAUCACAGUCACACAAAUAAAGUGUGGGAGCAGCCGUCGCCACUCUGUAUGCUGCGGAUUAGCAUUUUGGCACGUUCUGGUUUCAAAAAGAAAAUACCUAUGAGAGAAUGAACAGGCUUUUGGAGAAUCAAAAAGAUAACACCCAUAGCAGUUAAAUAACUGCUUGAGAGACCCCCAUUUGAUCCUGUUCAUUAAAAUGCAUGUGAAUGUCGUCUCUGUAUAGACCCCAGACCCAUCAUAUCUCUAAAAUAUGUCUGUUGCUAUCCCUCUGCUACCAGUAAAAAAGUAACAGAGUACAAGGCAAAUCACUAGCUUAAUGCUUCACCAAUGUCACAAGGUGAGCAGAAGCUAAGCAUAGCUAGCUUUUUUUUAUAUAUAUAUAUUGUAUUAGUGUUCAGAAUCUCACAUGCACAUAUUUCAAUUUUUCAGAUUUUAUGUAUAUGGCAAACAGUAUACUUAUUGUCUUACUAUUCAAGUUUAGAAAUGAGGAGAAAGAGAAGUAAAAGAAAAACAAACAAACAAACAAAAACAAUACCAAACAAACAAAACAAACAAAAACAA